AUGUUCAUCGACGCUCAAGCCGUGGAUGGUCAUACUUCAUGUGGUCCAUCUGAAGAUACAUCGCUCCCGAAGGAAGAGGCAACGCAUUCCCCGCCGGAUAAUGCAGAACAUGACGGGUCAUCCGAGACGUCUAAGGUCUCUAUGAUCGUUCACAAUGGAUCCAUAAGCGAGGGUGCCGCCUCGCCUAGAGUCUCAUCAGCCGACAGUCCGGCACAGAACGUGUCGGAGUCUAUAACUGAAGACUCGCGGACCACCUCUUACGUUACCGAGUGUCAGGCCGACCACUCCCGCCUGUUCGAAGCCAAGCACAACAACUCCAAUGUCAUCGAAGACAGACAGGCGGAGAUGGCGGCACGCCUGGUUACCAUGAUGAUGCCUCUUGAAGGUCUCGUCGACCGAUACCCUGCCAUAAUUAUCGAGGCGACGGAGGAACUGAUCGAUUAG